CGACAAUCAGUCAAGAUGAGUGAUGAUCAAACGGCGUCCUACGAUGAGAAAGCUGUCGCCAAGCACCAGGUCGUCGCGUACACGCAGAGGUCGCAGGUCAAGCAUGAGAACCGGCACAUCCAGCUGGUGCGGGAGUACGGCUUCCACCCGCGCACCAAGGCGUCCGUGGAGGACGGCGACGUGCUGCCCCGCAAGUUCGAGCCCUUUCCGGAGCACAUGUACGGCAAGCCGCUGGAGGAGAUUGACACCUUCAUCUACGAGGAGACCUUCUGCGUGGUGUCCAAGCGGUUCCGCAAGAACUACAUCCACCGCUUCACGGGCACCAAGAGCCUGUUCCUCUUCUACCCAUGGAGCCCGGCGCGGCGCGUGUGCGUCUACAUCGCCACCAACCAGUUCUUCGACUACUGCGUCAUGGCCACCAUCCUGUUCAACUGCAUCUUCCUGGCCAUGACGGAGACCGUGGAGGAGGCCGAGUACAUCUUCCUGGCCAUCUACUCGAUCGAGAUGGUCAUCAAGAUCGUGGCCAAGGGCUUUCUGCUCAACAAGUACACGUACCUGCGCAACCCCUGGAACUGGCUGGACUUCGUGGUCAUCACCAGCGGCUACGCCACCAUCGGCAUGGAGGUGGGCAACCUGGCCGGGCUGCGCACCUUCCGCGUGCUGCGCGCCCUCAAGACGGUGUCCAUCAUGCCCGGCCUGAAGACGAUCAUCAACGCGCUGCUGCACUCGUUCCGCCAGCUGGCGGAGGUCAUGACCCUGACCAUCUUCUGCCUGAUGGUCUUCGCGCUCUUCGCCCUCCAGGUCUACAUGGGCGAGCUGCGCAACAAGUGCGUGCGCCAGGUGCCCACCGACUGGACGAACGUCUCGCACGCGGACUGGCAGAUCUGGGUCAACGACACCGACAACUGGCUGUACGACGAGGAUGAGCUGCCCGUGCUGUGCGGCAACCUGACUGGCGCCCGCCACUGCCCCUUCGAGUACGUGUGCCUCUGCGUGGGCGAGAACCCCAACCACGGCUACACCAACUUUGACAACUUCAUGUGGUCCAUGCUGACGACCUUCCAGCUGAUCACGCUGGACUACUGGGAGAACGUGUACAACAUGGUGCUGGCCACCUGUGGGCCCAUGAGCGUCUCCUUCUUCACGGUGGUGGUCUUCUUCGGCUCGUUCUACCUGAUCAACCUGAUGCUGGCCGUGGUGGCGCUGAGUUACGAGGAGGAGGCGGAGAUCACAAACGAGGAGCGCAAGAAGGACCUACUCGACCACCGGGACGACUCCACGUUCAGCUUCGAUCCCUCGGUGCUGAACGUCAAGAAGCUGAACAAGAACAACAAGAAGAAGAUCGACUCGCGGAAGGGCGUGCUGCUGGCCUCGUACAGCAAGAAGAAGACGCGGCGAAAAAAGGCCAAGGGCGGCAAGGAGGGCGGCGGCACCAAUGGCAAUGGAAACGGCAGCAACGGCAACGAGCCCAAGUCCCACUCGGCGACGCCCAGUCCGGGUCCAAGUCCCCGGCACAGCGCCACGGAACGCCCCUCGGCGCUCACCCUGCAGGCCCAGAAGCAGUACCAGCAGAUGGAGCAGCAGCACCAGCUGGCCAAGGCGACAGGCGGAGGCGACACUGCCACCGCUCCCGCGCCAAAGGGACGCAUCAGCUUCCAGGACAGCGGCGUGGGCGUCAAGAACCCCAACAUGCUGUACCCCUCGGACUUCAAGGGCCAGCUCAUCGCGAGCAGCCGGCAGGCGAGCUCCAAUUCCAGCGGCGUGAACCGCGAGUCCUCGCAGGACGAUUCCGGAGUGGUGGACGAUCACGAGGAGCAGGAUACGACCAACGAGCUGGGCCACGUGUCCACCGUGGAGCUGGCCCUGUCGCCGCGCGAGGUGCGGCUGAUCAAGUGCAAUGGGAACAUAGCUCGGAUCAAGAACCACAAUGUGUACGCGCUGCACCAGGAGUUCUCCUCGGAGGUGGUUGUAAUCGAUGACCUGCCCGACCGGAACUGCGACCGAUGUGUUCACUGGUGCACCGACUACGAGAGCUGGCUGCAGUUCCAAAACUGCCUGUAUAAAGUGGUGCGAGAUCCCCUCUUUGAGCUGGCCAUCACCCUUUGCAUUGUGCUGAACACCGCCUUCUUGGCCAUGGAGCACCACGGGAUGAGUGAGAGCUUUCGCAAUGCCCUGGAUGUGGGAAACAAGGUCUUCACGUCCAUUUUCACGUUCGAGUGCAUUGUGAAACUAAUGGCGCUGUCCAAGGACUUUUUUCUGUGCGGCUGGAACAUCUUCGACCUGCUCAUCGUCACUGCCAGCUUGCUGGACAUUAUAUUCGAGCUGGUCGACGGCUUGAGCGUCUUGCGUGGCUUGCGAUUGCUGAGGGUAUUGAAACUAGCCCAAUCGUGGACUACAAUGAAGGUACUGCUAAGCAUUAUAAUCUCAACGAUCGGCGCCCUCGGCAACCUGACGCUGAUCCUGGUCAUAGUCAUCUACAUAUUUGCCGUCAUCGGCAUGCAAUUGUUCUCCAAGGACUACACGCCAGAGAAGUUUGACCCAGAUCCAGUCCCAAGAUGGAACUUCAACGACUUCUUUCACUCGUUUAUGAUGAUCUUUCGCAUUCUGUGCGGCGAAUGGAUCGAACCGCUCUGGGAUUGCAUGCGUGCCGAGGAGGAACAAGGAGCCUCCACCUGCUUUGCCAUAUUUCUGCCGACUCUCGUGAUGGGGAACUUCAUGGUGCUCAACUUGUUCUUGGCCCUGUUGCUCAACAGCUUCAACUCCGAGGAGCUCAAGUCGAAAAAAGAGGAAGUGGGCGAGGAGUCCAAGUUGGCGCGGAGUAUUGAGCGCGUGCGCGACCUGAUUCGCAAGAAGCGGCAGGAGCGCAAGGAUCGCAAGGAGCGAAAGUUCGCGGAGAAGUUCCAGCAGAUCGUCCUGGAUGCCCAGCAGGCGCAUGCCCAGGCUCACUCCCAGCAGGCUGCAGUCGGCGUGGAGAGGGGCGACAAGCCGGGUGUGCUGGCCGAGACCAAGUUCCAUAGACUGAGCUAUCAGGAGUCUAUGAACAGGCCCGUCUCCGGCUCCGAUUUUGGCUUCCAGAUCCCCCUGCACGACGGCUUGCACACGAUUGUCGAUGGUCUCGAGUACGAUGACACGGGAGACUUGCCAGAGCAGAUCCAGCUGCAGGCCCAUCCACUGCCACCCACGUCAGACUCGUUGCCACCGACCUACGAGAGCGCUAUGAUGGCCGCCGCUGCCGCUGCCUUUCCGUCCGUCAACGGGAAUGGAAAUGGAAGUGGGAACGGCAACGGCAAUCAAAACCUGACGCCGUUCGCCCAAGCGGAGCGCCGGCUGCAGCACCAAAUAUCCUCGGGCGUGAGCACUCAGCAGAACGAUUCGCGCGACGAGGCCACCUACACAGAGUCCAUCGAGCUGCGCCUGCUGGGUCAGUACAACUCCACGGACACGGAUCCCUACGCCGCAAAUGAUCAGCGCAGCGGCUGCGGCUCCUUCAACCGCGGCGACUCUCUGCAGGACAACUCCUCGCGGCGCUACGGCAGUGAGGAGCACGACGAGGCGUACCUCAAGUACCAGAAGUCCCUGCUGACGCGAUCGCCCAGCUACCGCAAGUCGCUCGAUCGCCUGUCGCAAUCCAGCGGACAGUCGCAGCGAUCACUGCUCAAGUCGGAGGAGGCCGAGAUGCGGCGGCACUCGAGUGGCCAGUCCCUGAACUCCAUAUCGAUCGAGCAGGACGAACUGCUGUCGCAGCAGGGCAAUCUGCGCGAGGAGCUGCUCAACUGCGACCAAAAGGAACUCUUCCAGUUCCUGCAGGAGGCGGAGGACGAGAAGGGCACCAACCUGAGUCGCAUCUCGAACGCCAUGCGGUCCCGACGGCCCUCCAGUCAGUUGGGUCAGCCGGAGAGCGAGGCCCUCGUCGAGCACUCUGAGUUCGACAACAUUAUCCAGAGCUUCGAGAAGGAGCUGGAGGAGAUCAAGCGUUCGACCACCUCGCUGGAGCGCAAGCUUUCCAACCUUUCUGAGCCCUCGCCGGCAGCUGACGAGGCCACCAAGGCCAUUAUGGAGCACAUUGCCAUUAUAACGGGCGCUUCGGAGCGCUCGGCCGCCGACGAGGUGGUGCACCCGUUGAAUCCCUACGACAGCUACGAUUUGUCCAGCGUGCCGCGACGUUCGCAGUCCGUGAGCGCAGCCGCCCAGCGCCAGUCUGUGAAGCUGAAGCGACGCAGCCUGGAGAAGCAGCGAAAGAUCGACGAGGACUUCAGCAUCUCGAACGAGAUACGCAAAAUCUGUGAUCAAAUCCACGCCCCCUUCGUGGCCAUGGAGGCCAUGGCGGUGGCAGCCACCAGCGCCAGCCAGGCGACCAGCCAGCCCAGUCAAUCUCCUUUUCUGCGUCGCAAGAUCGACCCCUUUACGGUGCAGUUCGACCGCUUCAAGCGCCUCUCCCUCAUCGAGCGCGUGGAGGAGCUGCCCGAGGAGGAGAAGCCCAUCUCCACACUGCGCAUCGAGUCGGAGAAGAUGCCGCGCAAGUUUCUCCACGGCCACGAACAGCUGGGCCUGGACAGCCUCUCGCUGAAGAGCACCAACUCGUACGAAAACCUCCUCAUCCAGAAGCAGAAGCUGGGCAUGGCCACGCCCCCCGCCGUUCCCGCCACUCCGCCCACCUCCCUGAAAUCGAGCAUCGAGCCACCGACACUGGCGCAAAUUUCAUCGCUAAAGACCACCCCGCCGCUGGCUGCUCUCACCGAGCACCAGCAGCACUUUCAUGCCACGAGCAUCCAAGCAGCACCCACUCACGGCCACGCCCACGCCCAUGCCCACGCCCAUGGCCACUCGCAGGCACACGCUGGGCAACGGCGACGCCCGGAGCAUCUACAAUCGACGCUAGACAAAGCCGCAUCCUUCCAGUCCGCGCGCACCGAGUCGCACAGCUCGGGAGCGGCCGACACGAGCUCGGCCUUGGCCCUGGCCAUGGCCCACAAGACUGAGCAGUCCCAGUCGGCGGCGCCGCCAGAGGCCGCCCAGAAGCCGUCGGCAUUCACGAGACUGACCGAAAAACCAUGGCAUUGUUUGGUUUCCUACGUAGACGAUCUCACUGUCGGUGGGAGACGUAACUCGCAGGGAGCUUACAAUGAUCCCAUGACUUUUCCGAGCUACGGGGCCGCGAAGCCGCCAAAGGUGCCCGACGACUGUUUCCCCCAGAAGUGCUACGAUCACUUCUACUUCCGCUGCCCCUGGUUCAUGAGCUGCAUGGACACGCAGAGCGCCAAGCACUGGACGCGCGUGAGGACGGCUGUCUUGACGGUUGUCGAUACUCCGGCCUUUGAGUGGUUUGUGCUGGUGCUGAUCUUUGCGUCGAGUAUCACGCUCUGCUUCGAGGACAUCAACCUGGACAAGAACAAGACGCUGAAGCGCGUGCUGUACUGGAUCAACUUCUCCUUCUGCCUGAUAUUCGUCGUGGAGAUGAUCCUCAAGUGGCUGGCCCUGGGCUUCUCCAAGUACUUUACCAGCUUCUGGACGAUACUAGACUUUAUCAUUGUGUUUGUGUCGGUUUUCUCGCUGCUCAUUGAGGAGAACGAGAACUUGAAGGUCCUGCGCUCGCUGCGCACCUUACGAGCCUUGCGUCCGCUGAGAGCCAUCUCUCGGUGGCAAGGAAUGCGGAUUGUAGUAAACGCUCUCAUGUAUGCAAUACCAUCAAUUUUCAAUGUACUCUUGGUUUGUUUAGUUUUUUGGUUGAUAUUCUCAAUAAUGGGUGUUCAGUUCUUUGGUGGUAAAUUUUUCAAGUGCGUUAAUGAGAUGGGCGAGUUGCUGCCGAUUACUGAGGUGAACGACAAGUGGGACUGCAUCGAACAGAACUACACGUGGAUCAACUCCAAGAUCACCUUCGACCACGUGGGCAUGGGCUACCUGGCCCUCCUGCAAGUGGCCACCUUCGAGGGCUGGAUGGAGGUGAUGGCCGACGCCGUCGACGCUCGCGGAGUGGACCUGCAGCCGCAGCGGGAGGCCAACCUAUAUGCUUAUAUUUAUUUUGUUAUAUUUAUUGUGUGCGGAUCGUUCUUCACACUCAAUCUGUUCAUUGGAGUUAUCAUUGAUAACUUCAACAUGCUCAAGAAGAAGUAUGAAGGCGGAGUGUUGGAAAUGUUUCUCACCGAAUCUCAAAAACACUAUUACACGGCUAUGAAAAAAUUGGGACGAAAGAAACCACAGAAAGUUAUUAAGCGACCUAUAAAUCAUUUUUUAGCUAUGUUUUAUGAUUUAUCCAAUUCGAGAAGGUUCGAGAUCGCGAUCUUUGUACUGAUAUUUCUUAAUAUGCUUACCAUGGGCAUCGAGCACUACGAUCAGCCGCAUGCGGUCUUCUUCAUUCUGGAAGUGAGCAACGCCUUCUUCACCACCGUUUUUGGUCUGGAGGCCAUUGUGAAGAUCGUCGGCCUGCGCUACCACUACUUUACGGUGCCGUGGAACGUGUUCGACUUCCUGCUGGUGCUGGCCUCCAUCUUCGGCAUCCUGAUGGAGGACAUCAUGAUAGACCUGCCCAUCAGUCCGACGCUGCUGCGCGUGGUGCGAGUCUUCCGCAUCGGACGCAUCCUGCGGCUCAUCAAGGCCGCCAAGGGCAUCCGGAAGCUUCUGUUCGCCCUCGUGGUGUCGCUGCCCGCCCUCUUCAACAUCGGCGCCCUGCUGGGACUGAUCACCUUCAUCUACGCCAUCCUGGGCAUGUCGCUCUUCGGACACGUCAAGCUCCAGGGCGCCCUCGACGACAUGGUAAACUUCCAGACCUUCGGGCGCAGCAUGCAGCUGCUGUUCCGGCUGAUGACCUCCGCCGGGUGGAACGACGUGCUCGAGUCGCUGAUGAUCCAGCCCCCGGACUGCGAUCCCUUCAUCCACGGCCAGACGAACGGGAACUGCGGCCACCCGCUGCUGGCCAUCACCUACUUCACGAGCUUCAUCAUCAUCAGCUACAUGAUUGUGAUCAACAUGUACAUUGCCAUCAUCCUGGAGAACUUCAAUCAGGCGCACCAGGAGGAGGAGAUCGGCAUCGUCGAGGACGAUCUGGAAAUGUUCUACAUUCGCUGGUCCAAAUAUGAUCCACAUGCCACCCAAUUUAUACACUUCUCGCAACUGUCCGAUUUUAUUGCCUCUCUCGAUCCACCAUUGGGCAUCUCGAAGCCCAAUAAUGUCGCUUUAGUGUCAUUUAAUCUGCCCAUCUCUAAGGGCAAUAAAAUACACUGUCUCGACAUUUUGCACGCGCUCGUGAAGCACGUGCUAGGUCAUGUCGAGGAGACCGAUAACUUCAAACAGUUGCAGGAACAAAUGGAUGUCAAGUUCAAGAAACAGUUUCCAACGCGCAAAGAAUUGGAAAUUGUUUCGUCGACGCGGAUCUGGAAGCGCCAGGAAAAGGCGGCUAAGACCAUUCAGACGGGCUGGAAGGAGUAUUUGCGGCGAAAGCGGGAGAAGGAGCGCUCCAACUCCGGGGACAGUGCCACUCAAACCUCCAGCCCAGGCGGAUGGCAAUCGAAGCUCUCUGCCCUGAACUUCUUCCACCUCCAGGUGAGUCGACGUGGCACCGCCUGCUCUAGUCGGGCCUCGUCCCGCAAAUCCUCGCGUGCCUCGGACGCCUCCGACCUCAGUGAACUGGCCGGACCCUGGCUGAACCUCCCACUCAUGCUCGUCUCGGGGGCCGACGACGUAGUCAAGGACAUCAAGCAACAGAGCGACGAGCUGGGCAAACGCAAAUCCUCUUGUAUCUCCUUAAACUAUGAGUCCCUGCUCGCAGACAUGGUCACUGCCGUUCUCAGAAGUGGCUCGCAGCCUAGUGGCUUGAAUUACCUAGCCGCUAUGAACAACAACACGACCAACACCACCUCAGCCUCCGCCUCCACCUCUGGCACGACCUCCUCCACCGCCUCCGCCCCACUGGGAGCCACUGGGUGUGGCCCAGCAGCCUCCGCCUCCGACAGCGACCGACAUCAGGCGGUGGGGGGUGGGUCGGCGGCGAUUCCCUCACGUAAGCGCGCCUCUAGUUUCAUACGCAAGAAACCGCCCCUAGAAAGAGGUUUGUCAGCACAAAGCGCUUUAAGAGUAAACAAGAACGCUUUUGUCUCCGAGGCGCCGGCCCCCGAGGUGAUCGUCACCAGGCCGUCGCCGGACCAGCAGACGCAUCCGCACUCCCUGAGCCUGCGACCGGACAACGCCACCCUGGUCCACGUGCUGGUCCACCGCGAGAGCGAGGAGUACAAGGAGGAGGACGAGAGCAGCAGCCCGUCCUCCCCCGGAAAUGGAAACGGCAUUGGCUGUGGCCUGGACAGGCUGGCCAAGCAGGCGCCGCCUCAGAUACGCAUCAGCACGGGCUCCGUGGAGAGCAGCACCAUGGACACGUGCGCGAUGCCCACAGUCCAGAUUAUGGUGGACAGUCCCAAGGAUCCGCCGCGCGGUGAUUUCAGCACCGAGUUUGCGGCUGCCAUUGAGGACGUGGAUGCGCCCAUCGAUGUGAAUGUCCAGGGCGACACAUCGCAGGUGUUCUACGACUACAAUCCCGACAGGGAUGAAGCGGAGGAGGAGGAGGAGAAAGAAGCGCUGGACGAAGCACUUCCAGACAGACAGAGAUGACCUCCGGUCAACAUUCCACAGCGGGAAACGGAGCAACGGUCCACCAGUGGCAGCAAGAGCAGUGGC